AUGUUUCCCCGCCACACGCGUCUCAUCCCUAUUGGGACACGAUCCCUUCGUUAUAUCGUUAUCUUAUGCAUCUUGUCGCUUUGCAGUCUGGUCAACUCGCUGGUCUUCCCACAUCAGGAUGUUAUGAAAGCAGAACCUGCGUUAUCUCAACUUUGGAGUGUAAUUGGUGGUUCAUCCGAAGGGACAGGGUUGGAAGCCAGUGAUUCGACGGCUGGAGAGCCAACCCACGAACCUGUUCUUGAUACCUUGGAAGAUCUCAUCGAUGCCUUGCAAGUGAUGCAAGAUAAGUAUUUCGUGCUGUGGCAAGGUACAUGGCCGACCAGCAUCGAUUGGACCGCUGCGGUUUUGGGAACACACGUUUCUGCGGCGUUGUCAUCUUUAUCCGCCGGGCCGCUAGACAUUCCCGACUCAGAUGGCGUGCAAGGGCUGUCGUUCUUCACACUUGAAAACACGGUCAACAAGUUCUUCAGUGACACUAAUGCCUUUUACUUUGGAGAAAACGCUUUCAGUGUCAGGAACCAGGCAUAUGAUGACAUGCUGUGGGUUGUCCUUGGAUGGCUGGGAAGCAUCAAGUUCCAGAAUCUGCAUUCCGAUCUUCACUAUCAAUCUUCCAACGCCAGCUCCGAAAGACCAUGGUACGGCACCCAGUUUCGCGUCCCUGCCGCCCACAGAGCACGAAUCUUCUAUGAACUUGCCUCAGCUGGCUGGGACAAGCUUCUCUGUGAUGGUGGUAUGAUCUGGAAUCCUUACCUGCUACCGUACAAAAACGCCAUAACAAACGAGCUGUAUAUUUCUGCAAGCAUUGAGAUGUAUCUUUACUUCCCCGGUGACCCAAUCGACGCUCCUUUCAUCGUUGACUCGGAGCGAGAUGAAUCUUUGCAAAGGAACCCGCACGACUAUGCCCAUCUCAAAGCUGCUGUUGACGGAUACGACUGGCUCAAGAAUUCCAACAUGACAGGCAUUGGGGGCCUUUAUGCAGAUGGCUUCCAUAUCAGUGGCUGGCAAGGCACAACAAACCCAGGCUCGCGCAAGUGUGACGAGUUGAACACCAUGGUCUAUACCUAUAAUCAAGGAGUCAUUCUCAGCGGGCUGAGGGGGCUUUGGAUUGCGACAUUGUCCCAAGCAUAUCUCCAAGACGGUUAUGAGUUGAUCGACAGAGUGCUGCAAGCCACCGGGUGGCCUCAUAUCUCCAACCGGCAAUGGAAGGGUCUCGGCCGCGGAGGCGUGUUGGAGGAAGCAUGUGAUGCCAGUGCAACAUGCUCACAAGACGGCCAGACCUUCAAGGGGAUCUUCUUCCACCACUUGGCAGAGUUCUGUCGGCCUCUUCAACCGCAAGAAAACCGGUUCCUGGCAUACACGGCUCGCAGUCACCCGAAUCGCGACGACUGGAGCGAUAAGUAUGAGCGUCAUCUGCAACAGUGCCGCACCUAUGGUCCCUGGAUCAAGCACAAUGCGCGGGCUGCUUUGAUGACUCGUGACAGCGAGGGCAGGUUUGGUUCCUGGUGGGGUCGCGGAUGGCGCCAGCUUGAGGCCGACGGAAUCGUGGAUAGCAAGGCAUUACCACCUGGGGCUGUGGACUACCGCAACGCUGAACAGGACCCUGAGCCUUUGGAAGCAGGCUUCAAGGCCACCAUGGACUACAAUGACCGUGGCCGUGGCCGCUCAGUGGAGACCCAAUCUGGAGGAAUUGCUGUGUUGAGAGCUUUGUACCAGUGGCAAUCUUAUGAUACCCUACCCUGA